GAAGGACCAAGCUUUGCACUUAUGCAGGUGUGGCGAUAGUGCAGUCCAUUUAUUCUGAGGUUUUAACUGGUUUCCAGGAAGGCAUCUUGGGUAGGGGAUGGGGUACAAGUGGGAUCCUCCUGGUGGCACCCUCUCCCAAGGCACUGAAAGAAGGGCAUAGCUGCUUGGGGGAGGGGAAGGGGGCAGGGCCAGGGACUUUCCUCCUUGCCUCCCAUACCCAUGCACUCAGAUGACAGAUCUCAGGAGAAAGCUCAACAUGGCACUGGUGGCAGGACAGGAAAUCCCAGACCUUCUCGCGGCGCCUGGGUGGCUCAGUUGGUUAAGUGUCUGCACUUGGUUCAGGUCAUGAUCCUGCAGUCCUGGGAUAGAGCUCCUGAGUGGACUCCCUGCUCACCACAGUCCGUUUCUCCCUCUGUCUCCCCCUGCCCCUACUGCUCAUUCUCUGAACUAAAUAAAAUCUUAAAAAAAAAAAAAAAAAAAGAAAGAAAAGAAAAAGGGAAAUCCAAGAUCUUCUUAUGUUAGGGCCCAUGGCAAGCAACCAGACCCAGGGACGGUGAGUAGGAGGGGAGGUCAGGAGACAGAGAUGGAGCUAGUUGGCCUGGUGGUGCCUCAGUGGCCCUCAGGUCCAGCUUCUUCCCCUACUACCUGCAGAUGGCAACUGCCUCUCUAGCAGGGUGAGGUCAUCCUGCAGCCUCCCACUGGUGGGCUACAGAUCCCACCCGAGCUGUCCAAUGGCCUGUCCUCUCCCGGUGGGACCAGCCAGCCCCUGUUCCCCAUUGUGGGGAUGCAGCUCUGGCCUGCUGUUGAGCCCCACCUGAGAGUUCUUGGGGCCCAGUGAGUCCUGCUGGGCAAGGUCCAAACCCAGGUCACCCGGUGUCCUACCCCUGCAGCAGCACCGGCAUCCUGCUACAAAAACAAUUAUCUGGAUCAUCUUUAUGGGGCUUAAGCGUGGGUGGGAGCAGAUGGGGCGUGAGCUGGGGAUUUGGGGCUGGGUAUCCACUCCCCCCACACACACACACAACCCAGUCUUUUAAAAAGCCUUCUCUGGCACAGGGCAGGGACAGAGGCCAGCAGAGAAGUGGACGGGACCCAGGGGAGGGGAGCGGGGACAAUGAUGGACCAGGAAGAGAAGGUGGAUGGGAGCUCAGCCCCCUGCAUUAAGGUAAGCAGAUCCCACCCCACACAUCCCCAACUCAAGGGCCUGUGAAUGACAAGACUAAUUAGUUUGUAGGGCACCUAAUUAGCAAGCAAGUCUCCUGGGACCCCUGACCCAGUUGCCGCCCAAGGAAGUGCUGGUGGGCAUGAGGGUCCAAGCGCCUAACCCAGCCCCGGGGCAGAGGUCAGGGCUCUCAGUGCUGACCCCUGUCAGGUGGGGGAUGCUGGGAUUUGGGGGUGGCCCCUGGUAUGUUUCCCUGGCUCAUGUCACAGCCCCCAGGCCACCCUGCAGCCAGGGCCCCAAUUUAGAACAUCAGGAUGCUGGCACCAGCAGCCUCUCCCUUGAGGCAGCACCACGUGAAGUGGCCCUGCUGCCCCGGCCCCUGGGGCAGGGGCCGGGAUUGGGAAAGAAGCUCAGGUCUCAUUCUGAGCAGCUCUGCAGAGCAGCACAUUGACGGAGACUAUGGCUGGCUCUCCAGACCAGGAGGGCUUCUUCAACCUGCUGAGCCACGUGCAGGGUGACCGGAUGGAGGAGCAGCGGUGCUCACUGCAGGCGGGGCCCGGUCCGACCUCCGAGAGCCGUGAGAGCGGGCAGGGGGCAGAGAGUGGCCCUGCACCCGAGAUGGACAGCCUCAUGGACAUGCUGGCCAGUACCCAGGGCCGCCGUAUGGAUGACCAGCGUGUGACAGUCAGCACCCUGCCUGGCUUCCAGCCCAUAGGCCCCAAGGACGGAGUCCAGAAACGAGCUGGGACGCUCAGCCCACAACCCCUCCUCACCCCUCAAGACCCGACUGCUCUCAGCUUCCGUCGGAACAGCAGCCCCCAACCCCAGACACAAGCCCCCUGAGGGCCUGAACC